GCAACCCCGGGCGGACGGGCCCUGUGUGGGCCGGAGAGGGCGGGCCUGGCACUUGGGUCCGCCCAGGGCUACCUGCGAGGCGGCGGAGGAGGAGGAGGAAGGAAGAGGCGCGGGGGAGCGCCAAGGAUCGGGAAGAGGCCGGGGCUCCAGCGAGACGCCACCACCAUGGAGGGAGGCACUGGAAGUGGCCCAGGGAUGGCCAAUGAGCGGGUGAAGAACCUCCAUACUGAAGUUGAAGGUGUCAAGAACAUCAUGGCUCAGAAUGUGGAGCGGAUUCUAGCAAGGGGUGAAAACCUUGACCAUCUGCGCAACAAGACAGAAGACCUGGAAGCAACGUCAGAACACUUCAAGACAACCUCACAAAAAGUGGCUCGGAAGUACUGGUGGAAGAAUAUCAAGAUGAUUGCGAUCAUCUGCGUCAUUGUCGCCAUCAUCCUUAUUCUCAUCAUCCUGCUUGCCACCGGCGUCAUCCCGACUUAAGUUUCUUUCCCCCCAAUGGACUUUUUCCACUCAUCAUUCCCACGUGUUCUUUUUUAAUUUUGCCCCCAUUAUCCCCUCCCUGAAUAGACGAAAUCCUUAACUGAAUCAAAUGGCCCUUUGCCAGAAGUCCCCAUCAAGAGGUCCAGGGUGCCUCCCUGUCUGUCCCCAUAACCUCUUUCCCACGCCAGGACCAAAAGACUCCAGGGGUCGCCCUUUCCCUCGGGGCCACGCCAGGGUCCCUCAACUGCACGUGUGAACUUAGCCAGAGGAAGCAGAGACUCUUUCUGCUUUGAUAAGGGGUGGCCAAGCUUGGCAACUUUAAGACUUGUGGACUUCAACUCCCAGAAUUCAGCUGGCUGGAGAAUUCUGCGCGUUGAAGUCCACAAGUCUUAAAGUUGCCAAGUUUGAAGACCUCUAGCUUAGAUGAUUCCUACCCCACACAACAUGCUAAAUUUCUGAGUCUGCAAGUGCCUUCACUGAUCCUUGGAACGGAGCUCACCAGCCUUUUCUAGUUCCAAAAAAGUUUGGCCAAAUUUCUGGAGGUGGCAGAAAGCUACCCAGGGAGGACUCCGACCUUAUGCGGCCACUCUGGGUAUUCCUUCCCUUCCAGGAAGCCUCAUCCUCAGAUCUCAUUUUGCGUUCCUUUCAUCCUCCUGGAUGGAGACAUGAAUGACUGGAACUCACCUGGCAACAUAAAGAUUUUUCUGAAACACUCUUUUAAAAGAAAAACGAAGACGAGUGGCCAGUUCAGAUUCUCUAAAUUUGGAUUUCUCUCUCUUGGGAGUGUCCGUUCCUGGAGAUGUCGGUUUUGAAGGUCAGGACAGAUGGAGGUCCCGACUUCUGCAGUUGGAACCCCUGGGUGGCAGAGAGAGAGUGGCGUCCCUUCUGAUCAACUUGACUCCCUUUGAUUGGCACGUAGGCUUCUUUCAGCUAUGGCCUUUUCUGAUCUAGUGCCUCUGAUCGUUGAGAAAUUUCUUAAGAGAUGUUUAUUCACUUUUGCAUUUGAUUUACUAACUGUAAUAAAAGUAUUUAUAAAUCA